CAACUCUCUCUGUUUACUCAUGCAGGGAGAUGUGGUGCGACUGUUCCAUGCGGAGCAGGAGAAAUUCCUGACGAUGGAUGAGUACCGAAAGAAGCAGUAUGUGUUUCUGCGGUCCACAGGACGCACCACUGCAACAGCAGCCACCAGCUCCAAAGCCCUGUGGGAAGUGGAAGUGGUACAGCAUGACCCCUGUCGUGGCGGGGCAGGACAUUGGAAUAGUCUCUUUCGCCUCAAGCACCUCGCCACGGGCCAGUAUCUAGCUGCUGAGGUGGAUGAAGACCCGACCCCUGACCCAACACGGGCCAAGCUGCGGGGCCCACCAGGGAGCCCCGUGUACUGCCUCGUAGCUGUGCCACAGAGUAGCGACAUUGCCUCCAUCUUUGAGCUGGAUGCGACCACACUCUCCCGUGCUGAUGACCUGGUGCCCCAGUCUUCCUAUGUGCGCUUGCGCCACUUGUGCACCAACACCUGGGUGCACAGCACAGCCAUUCCUAUUGACCGAGAUGAGGAACGGCCCGUUAUGUGGCGCCUGGGAUGUGCGCCGGCCAAAGAGGAUCGGGAGGCCUUUGCAGUGGUGCCAGUGUCAGCUUCUGAAGUGCGGGAUCUUGACUUUGCCAAUGACGCUUGCCAGGUUUUGCAGACGCUGGUUGGUGCUUUGGAAAGUGGCCGUGCAGGUGUCACGGAGCGUCGUUCGCUGCUUCAACUGCUUCAGGAAGUCAUCUAUUUCACGGCCAGUCGUGAGGGAGAUCCAAACAAGUCCGACCCUCUCGAGCUAGUUGUGACCAAACCGAACCGGGAACGUCAAAAGCUGCUGCGUGAGCAGAAUGUGCUUCGGCAGCUGUUCCACAUCUUGCAGGCGCCAUUCACAGACAAUGGGCAGGGCCCACUGCUGCGCAUGGAGGACCUUGCAGACCCGCGCUAUGCACCUUACAAGCACAUGUGCCGUCUCUGCUAUCGUAUCCUGAGACUGUCCCAGCAGGACUACCGCAAGAACCAGGAGUACAUUGCCAAGUGGUUUGGGUUCAUGCAGAAGCAGAUUGGCUAUGAUGUGCUGGCCGAAGACACCAUCACUGCGCUGUUGCACAGCAACCGCAAGCUUCUUGAGAAGCACAUUACUGCGGCUGAAAUCGAGACAUUUGUCAGUUUGGUGCGCCAAAACAGGGAGAGUCGUUUUCUCGACUACCUUUCAGACCUCUGCAUUUCCAACAAGCAGGCCAUCCCUGUCACCCAGGAGCUCAUCUGCAAGGCUGUGCUUUCACCCCACAAUGCUGACAUCCUUAUUGAAACCAGGGUGGUCCGCAGCCAGGUUGAGCUGGAGAUGGAAGGGGGCCCACCCACCUUGGCUGUGGAGGAGCAGGUGCUGCUUCUGUGGGACAGCGGCCGGGAGGCGCGCAGCAUCGUGGAGUUGGCACAGGACACGGAGUGUCUGAGUGCACGAGCCACGCUCGACUACUACAGGCAUCAACUCGACCUGUUCUCAGGCAUGUGCUUGGACAGGCAGUACUUGGCCAUCAACAGCCUGUCGCCUCACCUGGAUAUAGAGCUGAUCCACAAGUGCAUGGCAGAUGAAAACCUGCCAUACGAAUUGCGGGCAGCCUUUUGUCGACUGAUGCUGCACAUGCAUGUGGACAGGGACCCUCAGGAGCUCAUCACACCUGUCAAGUAUGCACGCCUCUGGUCCGACAUUCCUGAGCAGCUUUCUAUUCAGGACUAUGAUGCAAAUCGCCAUCCUGACUUAGGGAAGGAAGCGGUGCAACGCAAGUUCAAGCCCACCAUCACCUUUGUAGAAGACUACCUCUGCAAUGUGGUUGGACACGUGUGGUCUUUUGCAGAUAGGGAGCAGAACAAGCUUACCUUUGAGGUUGUUAAACUUGCUCGAGAGCUCAUCUACUUUGGUUUCUACAGCUUCAGUGACCUACUCCGUCUCACUAAAACGCUCCUCAACAUUCUUGACUGUGUACCUGAAGCUGCCAUUGCCAAUGCCCAGGGCAGUGUAUUGAAGUCUCUUGGAGAUGUUGGCACAGUUGUCACAAACAUGGUGCUUGGAUCCAACACCUUGGCUAAGGCACCUACGCCAACACCACGGAAAAGUGCUGCAGAGGACACCCUUGUUAUGGACACGAAGCUCAAGAUCAUUGAGAUCUUGCAGUUCAUCUUGAAUGUGAGGCUUGACUACCGCAUCACGGGGCUGCUGACUAUCUUCAAACGGGAGUUCCAGCAGAGCCAUGAGAAAGCUGAUGAGACCAUUGUUGUUGGUGACAAAGGUGUGGAUAUGGAGCGCAUUGGCAGGGAGGCUGAGGCCAUCUUUGGAGGCAC